UCGGUUUCAAUAACCAAUCCCGUCUUCAGAACGAGUCUGUUUACCAUCAGCCGCGAAAUGCGAACGUCCUAUUUUCUGUCCAUAUCAUAAGGUAUUCUUUACUUCAUUAAAAAUACCAUUACACACUUAUUAUUACGCUAUUUCCAUAACAUUUAAGGCAAUAUGAACACUGAGCAGUCUGCUGAAUCCAACUGCAGUCCAAAUAGGUGUUCAGUUUCAACACCGGAAGGGAAUGAUUUGAAGAGCGGAGCACUGAAAAGAACUCCAUUCUCAAAGUUUAAGAGAGUAAACUCCAACUUCAAAUCACCUCUUCAAGUCCCUGAGACUGCUAAAGUUAGCCCUGCAGAGGAGGUGGCAGAGCUGGAGAAGAGGAGAGAGCAGCUGGACACAGAGAUAGCACAGCUGGAGGCUGAGGGAUGCAGAGUAGAAGAGCUGGAGCAUCAUAUUGAUAUGCUGCAUGAAUACAAUGACAUCAAAGACAUUGGACAGUCUCUCCUUGGCCGAAUAGCUGCUGUGAGGGGGACCACCACGCGAGAACUCUACAGCCAAUUUGAUCUUGAACUGGACGACUGAAGACACAAAGUUCAAAUGAAGGUGGUGAGAAUGAUUCCUAGGAAUAAGAGAGGAACGCCAGACACAAAGGCCAAUUGUAAAUAAGAUGAUGGAUUGGACUAAAGAUGUGUCUGUUGAACUCAAGCGGCUCCUUCAGACAGACAGUUUUACAGAGAGACCUCAGUAGGAAUGGACAGGAUAGGAGGAUAAUGACACUGGGUCUGCGGUCAGGCAUGAUAUUUUAUAAAAGGCCAUUUACUCACAGCAAUAACUUAAGGCUUUAAUUUGUUUUGACAUGUGUUUAUGUAAAUACUGUAUUAUAGUUAGUAUUAAGGUAUGCAUGUUGGCUGCCUGAAUGUUAAUUACUUUUCUGACUUUGUUUUUAAAGGAAGGAAAGGAAUGCUAGAGUAGUUACUUAGAGUGUAAAACAUAAUUACUAACUCCUAGUAUAAAAUGCUUUGUAAAAUGACAAUAACUUGUAAUAAAAAGGGCACACGGACCCCCACAGACAGCGUGUUCCCAUAUGCACUAUUAAA